AGCAAAAAGAAGGGCAAAACUCGGAAAACUGAAAAUACAAGCAAAAUACAACCGCGAGGCAAAUGGAGGAAUCAGAAGAGAUCCUUCUUAGCUCGCUACAAAACGCCGGCGUUUCGAUUCCAGAUAACGUUUUGUCAAUCAAAGACCUGACACCUUCCGGCUUAGCCUCGAUCUGUGGACAGUCUCUCAAUCUCUUGAACAAAACGUUGUCGUUUUGUACUUCUAUGCCCGAUUCAAUGGGCGAGAAGUUCAGGAUCUGCACGGAAUUAUCACGGGAGAUUAAGAACUUGGGUUAUAUCGGCGAUAUAAGCUAUUACAAGUUCCUGCAUCCAUCUGAAGAUGACUUGUAUAAGUUGAUCAGAUUUUUGGUGGAGAGGCUUUCUGAAUUGCCAAAAGUCACAGAAGUUGGUGAAAUAAAGGAUAUUAAUGCUAGAAGGAGAAUAAACGAUGAUAACUUUGAAAUAACCUUCAAGGAUAAUGAAGGAACAGAUUUGGAUAAUCAGAAAGUUGAGUUCAAACUUAAAAAGCACAUAUUGGAGUAUGAAGUACCAGAGUUGGCCAAUUAUGAGACUGAAACUGUGCCCAUCAGUGGGUCUUAUAAAGUUGAGGUUAUCCCUCCUGAGAUGGAGCAAGCAGAUUCAGAUGGUGUUUUAAGCUCUGAAAAACAAGAUUUAAACCAGACUGAGCCAGCUAAUGUUAUUUCUUUGACAGACUCAACUGAAGAGCCUGAGAAAUCAAAAGAAGCGUCUAGAAAUGAAGAAACUGCGGUUCUGAGAGAUGACAAACUUUUGUCAGCAUCUGAACAGAAAGAAAUUUAUUUUUCUUCUAAGAUAAGAAAUGAGGCAAAAGGUUUACAAAAUCUAGAACAAGAGCUUAAGGAAGCAGUGUUUGCAAAGACUCCAAAGUCAGGGAACCUUGAAGAAGAGUUUGAAUUGUUGAAGGCAGCAGCAGAAAUGGCAUUUGAUGAUUCACAUCCUAUCGAGUUUUACCUUGAGCAGCUUGCUGAGCAAAUGGAGACUACAAGGCGUAAUCUUGUUGAAAUGGAGGCACAGUGGAGUGCUUCUAGAACUUCUUUGGAAGAGAAGAGGAGAAGUCUUGAAGAAACUGUUCAUGCGAAUGAUCCAGAAGCUCAAGAAAAGCUCCAAAAGCUAAGAGAAGUUGAACUGGAAAGGCUGUCUGUCUUAUCUGAAAUUCGAAAGAGGGAGGAUGAAUAUUCUAAACUCUCUGCAGAGUGUGAGAAGCAGACCAAAGUGGCAUCUAGGAGAUCUUACAUUGAGCGGGUAAAGGAGAUCACAAAGAACAGUCGGAAACAAGAUGCAGACAUUGAACGCAUAUUGAAAGAAACUAGGGAGCUCCAAUUAGAAAGUAAUUCUAUCCAAGAACGUCUUCAUCGAACCUAUGCUAUAGUAGAUGAGAUGGUUUUCAGGGAAGCAAAGAAAGAGUCAGUUGGCCGUCAAGCUUAUAGACUUCUCACUAGCAUACAUGGGAGCUUUGAGCAGGUCUCAGAGAAGAUCCUGGCCACUGAUAGAGUACGAAGAGAAAUCACUGAAUAUGAAAAGAAGCUAGCAGCCAUGGCUUCCCGAAGCUUAGAUGUGGACAAACUACAAGCUGAUCUCAAUGCCAUUUUGAUGGAGAAUGAGCACCUUGAACAAUGUCAUAAAGAAUAGUAAAGCCAUCCACUACUUUACAACAAAUCCAUUUUUUUUUUCAGUUGUUGGCAAUUAUUGCUCAUAAGAUUUAUUUUUUUCCUUUUGAAACAUUUGAAUUUAAUUAGAUUGCACAUACUCAGAUUGUAUUAUCUGAAGGAUACUGUAUGAAGCAUAAAACACAUGUUCUGUCUCCCA